AUGACCGAAGGGUUAUCUGCCGCUGAGAGUGAGGAUCCCUGGUGGAAUGAGAUCCAGAUUAGGGACUUGAAUACCCCAGACGAACAGCGGGAAGGAGUGUUACAACUGGUCCAAAGGAAUUCAGUGGCUUUUAGCCAGAAUCCCUCCGACUUUGGAAAAGCUAAAGGUGUGUAUCAUUCCAUUAAAACAGGAAGUAAUCCACCUAUUAAAGAAAGACACCGACCACUACCACCCGCAAUGUACCAACCCGUGCGAAAAAUGAUUUCCGACAUGAGAGCAGCAGGUGUCAUCCGUGAGAGUUACAGCCCGUGGGCCGCCCCUUUAGUUAUUGUCAAAAAGAAAGACGGAAGCCUCCGGUUUUGCGUGGAUUAUCGCAAACUGAAUGCCGUGACACAUAAGGAUGCCUAUCCGUUACCAAGAAUAGAAGAGUCAUUGACAGCCUUGAAGACAGUGGCCUACUUUUCUACUCUAGACCUCACUAGCGGAUAUUGGCAAAUUCCGAUGGCACCGGAGGACCGGAAAAAAACUGCUUUCACCACACCGAUGGGUUUGUUUGAAUUUAAUAGAAUGCCCUUCGGACUCUGUAACGCGCCAGCUACCUUUCAACGUGUAAAGGAACACUGUCUGGGACAUCACAACUUCGAAAUGGUCCUGCUCUACCUAGAUGUCGUUAUCAUCUUCUCAAAAAGUUAUGAAGAGCAUCUCCGGCAUCUAGAGGAAGUGUUCAAGCAGUUCAUCAAAUUGGGGCUGAAACUCAAGCCGGCAAAAUGUCAUCUACUCAAACUGGAGGUCCAAUAUUUGGGACAUAUUGUCAGCGCUGAGGGUGUCACGCCAGACCCAGAGAAGAUACGCGUGGUACAAGAGUGGCCCAUACCUAAGACAGUGAAGGAGGUGCGGAGUUUCCUGGGAUUCGUGGGUUAUUACAGGCGGUUCGUGCAAGGUUUUGCUAAACUGGCCGCUCCGUUGCAUGAAUUAUUGCGCGGCAAGUCAGGACAGGAAAGGAGGAAUUCGUCUUCAAUUCUCUGGGGUGAAGAUCAGCAUGGUGCCUUUGAACUGCUCAAGACAUCUAUGGUAACUGCUCCACUACUCGCCUAUCCAGAUUAUGAGAAACCUUUCCAAGUUUAUACAGGUGCAAGUCACCGUGGGUUAGGAGCUGUGCUAUCACAGAUGCUGGAUGGCCAUGAAAGGGUGAUAGCAUAUGCCAGUAGAGGCCUUCGUAAAACAGAGCGAAACAGCGAGAACUACAGUACCUUUAAGUUAGAGUUACUUGCUCUUAUAUGGGCCAUUACCGAGAAGUUCAAGAAUUACCUGGCUGCUUCCCCAGUCAUUAUUAUGACCGACAAUAAUCCGUUGGCUCAUCUGUCCAAUGCACGAUUGGGAGCACUCGAGCAACGUUGGGAAUCCCGAUUGGCCAACUUUCAAUAUACGAUCUCCUACUGGAGUGGAAAGGCGAAUGGGAAUUUCGACGCCCUAUCCCGCCUACCCGUUGCUGAUCUUCCUGAAGUGGAAAAAGAUGACGCUGAGGACGUCGAGACCCCAGUGUUCCAUACGAUGAACAAAGGAUGGGUCGUGACAUCUGAUCCAGUCUCGGCUGAAACACCUAUACGACCCGAAAUUCCUCAUACUGCUUUACCCGCAUUGGAAUGGAUAAAAAUCCAGCAAGAAAGCCCAGUUUUGAACGAGCUAAUGGGCCUUAUCCAGCAGAAGCGCUCCUUGAACAAGACACAGCGAGCUGAGGCUGACCUAGAACUAAUCAAAUUAUUGAGACAUCGAGACCGCAUCCGGGUGAGGAAAGGGCUUAUAAUCCGUAGUAGCCUUGACCCCAGCACACACCAACCUAUUACGCAAGUGGUAGUUCCAAAACGUCAGGCUACCCUUCUGCUUGAGGCCUAUCACGAUAAAUCUGGUCACUUCGGUACCCAGAAAACUGAGACAGUAUUAAGGAAAAGGUACUUCUGGGUCGGAAUGAGGGAGGAUAUUGAGAAGUGGUGCAGCGACUGUGUACCUUGCAACAUUAAAAGGCAUCCGAAUCACAGCCAAAAAGACCUCCUGCAUUCCAUCAAAAGCCGACGCCCCCUGGAGAUCGUCGCCCUAGAUCACGUUAAAUUAGACUCCAGCAACACUGGAUAUCAGUAUGCGCUAACCAUGACGGAUCAUUACAGUAAGUUGCUUGUCGUUGUUCCUACAAGAGACUUAACUGCAAGAACCACAGCCGAGCUAUUUUUUAAACAUUUCGUAAGACCCUAUGGGUAUCCUGACCGAAUCCUGACCGACCAAGGCCCAGCCUUUGAAUCCCAGCUGUUCAAUGAACUCUGCUCUCUGUACGGCUGUCUAAAAGUAAGGACAACGGCCUACCACCCACAGGGGAAUGGGUUAUGUGAAAGAGCAAACCGGACCAUCAUUGGAAUGCUCCGAAGUCUGUCUGUGGAAAAGCGUACCCAAUGGCCUGCCCUUCUCCCUGAACUUACCUACUUAUAUAAUAACACCGAACACUGUUCCACUGGGUUCACACCCUACUACCUAAUGUUCGGCAGGCAGGGCAAGCUGCCUAGAGAUUUGGAAUUGAACCCCAUUGUGACCGUCCCGGUAGACCCCCGAGUUGAUUGGGUACAGGAACAUCAGCAGCGAAUUGAGACUGCUAGACGGAUUGUAGAGCAGAGGAUGGAGGCCGCCCACCAACGGCAAGGGAGAGCUUAUAACACAAAUGCUCGACCCCUUCCUUUACAUGAAGGUGACCAGGUUUGGGUGAAAAAGAACCAUCGCUCUAGCAAACUUGAUGCCAUGUGGGAGGAUGUUCCAUACGUUGUGGUCAGUGUUCCAGCUGGUAAUACCUAUAAGAUCCGUCGUGGUCAAGAAGGACCAAUCAGAGUUGUCUCCCGAGAUCAAUUAAAACCUUGCACUAUGGAAGUUCCGAGGGUGGGAAAAGACUUGACUUUGGCAGAAGGUCCGUCAACCCCAGGGGAUAUUCUAUUACACGAUCCCAUAGAGCUCCUGUUGUUCAUGGGCGGUACCGGUCCACCGAGCUCAAUAAGAAUUAUGGCCCCAGAAGCCGUGGUGGAAAAGUUUCUUGAAUGCGAUGACUCCUCUUGUGUUGGGAAUUGUCAAGUUGAGGAUGGAGUACCGACCCCGGCCAAUAGAAGAUCGAAACGAAGUACUAGAGGCAUACUACCUCUAAGGUAUCGGGAUUGA